AUGGACCACAGGAGGAGAACUGCUCCGGGAAUCUUGCGUCUUCAAGUCCUGUUCUUGCUUUUCCAUACAAUUGCUCAGAUCAUGGCAGAACAAGAAGUUGAAAAUCUCUCAGGUCUUUCCACUAACCCUGAAAAAGAUAUAUUUGUGGUGCGGGAAAAUGGGACAACGUGUCUAAUGGCAGAAUUUGCAGCAAAAUUUAUUGUACCUUAUGAUGUAUGGGCCAGCAAUUAUGUGGAUCUGAUCACGGAACAAGCUGAUAUUCCACUCUCCCGGGGGGCUGAAAUGAAGGGCCGCUGUGGACACAACGAAUCCGAGUUGCAAGUCUUCUGGGUCGACAAAGCUUAUGCCCUCAAAAUGCUCUUCGUGAAGGAAGGCCACAACACAUCUAAGGGCCUAGAAGCUUCUUGGAGGCUGAGCAAAGUUCAAUUCGUUUAUGAUUCCUCUGAGAAAACCUACUUUAAAGACGCAGUCAAUCCUGGGAAGCACACAGCCAAUUCUCAUCGCCUAUCUGCCUUAGUCACCCCAGCUGGGAAAUCCUAUGAAUGCCAAGCUCAACAGACCAUCUCUCUCACCUCCAGUGAUCAUCAGAAAACAGUUGCUAUGCUCCUCUCAUCAGUCCACAUCCAGCCCUUUGACAUCAUCUCUGACUUUGUUUUCAGUGAAGAACAUAAGUGCCCUGUGGACGAGAGGGAACAACUGGAAGAAACUUUGCCUCUGAUUUUGGGGCUGAUCUUGGGGCUGGUCAUUGUGAUAACACUAACAAUCUACCACAUCCAUCACAAACUGACAGCCAAUCAGGUGCAGAUUCCAAGGGACAGAUCUCAGUACAAACACAUGGGCUAG